UCAAGCUCUUCCGCUGCUCUCUCUGCUCUGUCUCCCACCGAUCUCUGGUCAUCCGACGAAUGCAAGCUUCCUCCCGCUCUGCCAUUGCCAGCUGAAGUGAAAGAGAUUCUUCGCUGGGAUAGUUUCACUAUUCGGCUUGUAGAAAGUGAGAUGAAGCUCGAUGUUGAUGUGCUGAGGUAUCUCUCCAAGGAGGAUUUCAGGGUUCUUACAGCUGUCGAGAUGGGAAUGCGAAAUCAUGAGAUUGUCCCCUCGGAGCUCGUGGACCGCAUUGCUUCCCUCAAGCAUGGAGGCACGUAUAAGGUCUUGAAGAACUUGCUGAAGCAUAAAUUGGUACACCACGACUCUUCUAAGUAUGAUGGCUUUCGGCUAACAUACCUCGGGUACGACUUCCUUGCCAUUAAGACAAUGGUUAAUCGUGGAGUUUUUGCUUCAGUGGGCCGUCAAAUUGGUGUUGGGAAGGAGUCUGAUAUCUUCGAGGUUGCCACUGAGGAUGGUACAAUACUUGCAAUGAAGUUGCAUAGGCUAGGAAGAGUUUCUUUCCGGGCGGUAAAAUCCAAACGUGAUUACUUGAGACAUCGGAGAAGUUACAGUUGGCUCUACUUGUCGAGACUUGCUGCACUUAAAGAAUUUGCUUUUAUGAAGGCUUUGGAAGACAACGGAUUUCCUGUUCCUAAUGCAUUGGAUUGCAACAGGCAUUGUGUGGUUAUGUCACUUGUACAGGGCUACCCUCUAGUGCAGGUGAAGGAACUGCAAAAUCCAGAAAUGGUGUUUGAAACAAUCAUUGGUUUGGUAGUUCGCCUAGCGGAGCAUGGACUUAUUCACUGCGAUUUCAAUGAAUUCAAUAUUAUGAUUGAUGAUGAUGAGAAGGUCACCAUAAUUGACUUUCCUCAGAUGGUUUCUGUGUCACAUCACAAUGCACAGAUGUAUUUUGACCGUGAUGUUGAAUGCAUCUAUAAGUUCUUUGGUAAAAGGUUCAACCUUUCUUUUGAAGAGCAAGCGGAUCAUUCUGAAGUUGCUGAGGAAGAUGCUGAGGAAAGCAGUAGGCCUUCCUUUUCAUCAAUAAAUAAAACAGCUGGUUUCCUUGAUAAGGAGCUUGCUGCUAGUGGAUUUACUAGAAAGGAUCAAGCCAAUAUGGACCAGUUCAUUGAAGAAGGCUCCAAUGAGGGUAUAUUAUCUGAUGAUGAAGAAAAUGCCUCCAACUUGACCGAAGUGAUUGUCAGAGAUACAGAUGCUUUGCAUUUAACUGAGCAGCCUGAGCAGAUUCAAGAGGGUGAGAGGGCUGGGAAGGAAGAGACUGGACAAAGAGUUGAAGCAAGCAGCCAUGAACCUGAAACUCAAGAUGGCUCCGAGGAGCGAGAAGAAUGUGAGGAGGAGGACGCAAAUGAUGUUGAGCUUGUGAAAUGCCUGAACAAGCAGAGGCGGCGGGCAAUAGCUGCUGCCCAUGGGGGACGGAAGGCUCUUGCCUCGAGAAACUCGUACAAGGACAAAGGUGGCCGGUCCUCUCAUAACUCAAAAAUCCAAAAACAACUGAGUGGCUGGUAGAUUAUUAGAACACUAUUAUUACUGAAAGGAGACUGCUCCCCUUUAAGUUAUGUUCCGCGGGGAUCGUCCUAGAAGGGAUGCAUUUUGUUAUAAAACUCAGCUUUCGGGCCAACGUCUUUGUGCAGUAGAUUGCAAAAAGUUUUGUAGGUGAAUAUUAUUCACGAUAGAUAUAUUUAGGCAACGGCACACUGUUCAUGAGAAUUUAUUACUAAAGGUGUAUAUCGUGCUUGUCAAAUUGUGUCCCUGAAAAGCUGUUCGCAAGGUCACGAUUGUACAUAACCAGUUACAGAUGAACCUGAUUGGUAUCCUCUUGGACUUUUGUCUCUGUUAUAUAUAACUCGUAAAUGCAUUAGUUA